UAUUAAAAACAGACACUGCAGGCUGAAGCAGACUGUGGUUAUAUUGCAAAUAAAUAAAUAUUUAUCAAAUAACAUGCAGCUUGUAUGACUUAUUAUACAUGCUAUAGUUUAAUUUUGUAAUAAAAAAAACAAACAAACCCUGAAUACAGACAUCAAAGGCUCCUAAAAUGGGUUCUUUAUGGAGUAGGAGGGCUCCCAGACUCCACCUAUUUGCUUUUGAAAGUAACGGGUUUCCUGCAUCUACUCCAGAAAAACUCCAUCUCCGAAAAAUGCAAGGCUUUUGGAUCCUGCUCUUAGCUGCUCUUACGUACUCCUGUGCCACUCUUACUAAAACUAAGACCUAUCGUGUGGAACUGAUGUACGGCAAAGAAUUUACAAUCAAGCUGCCGGUUGGGUCAGAGAAAUUGACGUUUAUCUCUGCAGAUAGUUCCCAGAAGAAUGUUCUGUGGGACAAAUAUGUUGGGGCAAAAAGGGGAUCAGUAACGGGACGAGAUGAUGACAAAAAAUUUACAAUUCGUUCUGUCACAUUUGAGGAUGAAGGAACCUACAGUGUGCUUAACUUCUGGGACAAAAAAGCUGCCAUCUAUUUAUUAAAGAUUAUCCCUAAAACAGGUGUCCAGAAUUGUGUGGCUGGUGAAAACUUAAGAAUUGACCUGAGUGGUCUUUCGAAGAAUGAUGCCACACUCCAUUUUUCAAGCCAAUAUUACAACCUCACUCUCGUGGAGCGUGGCUCACCUGUGGGCAACUUGCAUGCUGAGUACCUGGGACGGAUCACGUUGACUAGCACCGGCAUCGACAUACUCAAUGUCAAUGUGUCAGAUGUGGGCAACUACACACUCACCGAUCGUCUAAAUCGCAAAGUCAAGAUCAUCUCUAUGGUCUUGGUUGAUCAUCAUGGAGUGAAUGGAGCUCCUUUCAUGGGUCUGCUGAUGUUGCUUGGUAUACCACCCUGUAUUUUCUGUUGCUGCAGAAAGAGAAUCUGUAAAAAACGCAACCAACCCACAAACACCACCACUACCACUGUGAAGUUCGACAACCAGAUUAAUCCACCUGGACCUCCACCAGCUUACAACCCUGCAGUUCCUUCAGGCCCCACACCGGCCUAUACUCCUGGUUAUCCUGCUGGAGGUGAGAAUAUUGUACAUCCUCCUCCUAAUCCUACAUUUCCUCCUCAACCACCCUACAGUGGAUAUCCUGCCCCAUCGCCUGCUUUUCCCCCAAACCCUGCCUUUAACCCUGCAUACCCUCCUGUAUCUGGCUUUCCUCCAGCUCAGCCUCCUCAGUGGAGUGGUGCUCCUUACAACCAACCUGCUCCAGCUGAUUUUGCUCCAGUCAUGUAUAAUGCUCCUACUGGCCCUGAGCCAGUCAAAGGGGAAAUGACUCCUGUGACUCCACUACUCACUCCUCCACAGCCUGAGGUGGCGCAGCCUCCAGCCCCAUCUGCUGGUGAUAAUGUCCUUCACUCCUCAGACUUUGCUGUCCAUUUCAACAUCAACACGGGAAAGGAUUCAAACCCUAACUUCCUGUAGAUUCUCCAGCCUCCUUUACAAUCUCACAUGCCUGCUAAUUUAACCAAAACAAAGAAAACAUUUCCCAAGAGUGCAACUGGUGCUGAUCCACAGAUUCAUAUUAUGAAAGGUGAUUUGCUUUUUUAUUAAAACAAGUUAACAUAUUGGGAUACGACAGCUGUGCUCAUGGUUUACAAAGCUGUUUAUAAUUUGUACUAAGUGAACUGUUGUAUUGUCUUUGGAGGUUUCUUGAGUGACCUGAAAGAUUUUAGAAGAGUUGUUCUUCCUUUGCAGUUAUUGUUUAAUGAACAAUUUUUUUAAAAUAUAUAAAAGAACACGCACUGGAAUGAGUAAAUAUAAUGUUUGUCAUAUACAGUGCUCAGCGUAA